AUGCCUACAGUUGCUCCCGGCAGCCCAUCUGUAUCUCCAACAACAGACAAACCCGCAAGUGCCAGUCCCACAACAUCUCUUCCUACAGUCACUCCAGGUAGCCCUUCUUUAGCUCCGACAACAGAGAAACCAACGAGUGGAAGUCCCUCAUCAGCUUUGCCUACAGUCACUCCUGGUAGCCCUUCUGCUGCUCCGACAACAGACAAACCGACUAGUGCCAGUCCCACCACAGCUCUGCCUACAGUCACUCCCGGAACUCCAUCUGUUUCUCCAACAACAGACAGACCCACAAGCACAAGUCCCUCAACAGCUUUGCCUACAGUCACUCCCGGUACUCCAUCUGUUUCUCCAACUACAGACAAACCCACAAGUUCCAGUCCCACCACAGCUUUGCCUACAGUCACUCCUGGCAGCCCUUCUGUUGCUCCGACAACAGACAAACCGACAAGUGCAAGUCCCUCAACAGCUCUGCCUACAGUCACUCCUGGUAGGCCUUCUGCUACUCCCUCAACAAAGAAACCUAUAAGCGCCAGUCCCGCCACAGCUUUGCCUACAGUUACCCCAGGUACUCCUUCUGUUGCUCCGACAACAGACAGACCCACAAGUGCAAGUCCCUCAACAGCUGUGCUAACCAUCACUCCUGGUAGCCCCUCAUUGGCUCCAAAAGCAGCAGCAGUCGAAAAUGGCAGUCCUACCACAGCUAUGCCUACAGUCACAGCUGGAACUCCUUCUGUUGCUCCGACAACAGACAGACCCACAAGUGCUAGGCCAAGCACCUCAUUACCAACUGUUCUUCCUGGUAGUCCUUCUUUGGCUCCGACAACAGAGGGGCCGACGAGUGUGAGUCCCACCUCAGCACCUCCUACUGUUGCCCCAGGGAAUCGUGGUGAUGCUUCAACAACAGCAAAUCCCACCACAAUCGUGCCCACUGUUGCUGCUGGUAGUCCUUCCGUUGCUCCAACAACUACCAGCCCCACUACGGUACCUCCUACCAUCACACCUGGUAGCCCUUCUGUUGCUCCAACAACUGCCAGCCCCACUACGGCACUUCCUACCAUCACCCCUGGCAGCCCUUCUGUUGCUCCAACAACUGCCAGCCCGACUACGGUAACGCCUACUAUCACUCCUGGUAGUCCUUCUUCGGCUCCAACAACUGCCAGUCCGACCACAGCUUUGCCAACUGUCACUCCUGGUAGUCCUUCUUUGGCUCCAACAACAGCCACCCCCACAAGUAUGAGCCCCACGACAGCUUCCCCUUCUGUUACACUGGGUAGUCCCUCUUUCACUCCAACUACAGCCCAACCCACCACAGCUGGUCCCACUGUGACACCAACUGAACUCCCAACAGAGCAGCCAACACCUGAACCAACAAGUGAACCAACAAGUGAGCCAACAAGUGAGCCAACAGCGGAACCAACAGUGGAACCAACAGCGGAACCAACAGAACAACCAACAAUAGAACCCACAGUGGCACCACAAGAUCCCUCAGCUACACCGUCACAAGACACCUCAGUCACGCCCACUGGAGUCCCCGGAAUCCCACAAACAGGAGUACCCACGACUUCACCAUCGGUUAGCACUACAGCAGUACCAACACCGGAUUCCUCACCUGGAAUCACAGAUUCCCCAACAGGCUGUACUCUCGAGGCAACAGCAAGUAUAAUCGGGAUGGAUUUCGAAGGUGACAUCGCACUCAUCUCUGAUGAAGAGUUCACCUUGGCAUUUGAACUUGCAUUUGCAUCUCUCCAGACAGAUGAUGACAGCUCCUGUGCAUCAUCAGUCAGUAGUGUUUCCCUUGACUAUCGCACUGCUAGGAAUCGCAAGCUGGAGAACACUGAAUCAAACCGUGCAAGAAAUGUGAGGACCCGCCAGCCGAAGGUUUCUCAGUCAUCUGGGGCACGGGUGCUGCAAACAACAGCCAUACCCACCAUGAGCAUGACCACCAGCCCCAGCACAAAUCCUACUGACGAUUUCUAUGGUUACGGUUCCGAUGACUUCUACUAUGAUGAUUUCUAUUAUGUGACCAGUACAGCGAAAGCCUAA